UUUUGUUUUUUUCCCUCCACAUUUUCAUUUAACUUCCCGCCAUGUCAGACUGUUUCCAAGAAAGUUGUUAGACGAAAUGAAGAAAGUGGGGUGUCUUAACUCAAAAAUGUUGGUUAAUAAAAUCAACAAUUAUUCAAAAAUUUCAACGGUCUCCAAUUUGUUAAUUUCCUACAACAAAGGAAUGCCGUUUACAUCUCCUCAUGUUCUCAUCAUACACCCACGCCACAUCAUCUUCCAUCUUUCUCCCACCUUUCUUCUGGUAUUAACAAUAUUUUCUCCUGAUUUUUUUCCAGAUUCUGCAUGUAUUUUAGCUAAAUAUUUGUCAUACCCCCCUUUUUUUUGGGUUAUUUGAUCAGACAUUGUUAAUCAGAAGGAGUUGCAAUUAAGAUCCAUCUUCGAAGACAACUGAAUCAUAAUCCAUAUGCUUUGUUAUUGAUUCCCACUGUACCUGAAUUGAUAUAGAACUUCAUCAUUUACCCUGCUAUGUAUGAAUGAGUUUUGGAGGUUUAUGUCUCUGGGAAGUUCGACAUUAUGAAUACUAGUCCAAGGUUUAAUGUUAAAGGAAAUGCUUUCGAAAUGGUGUCUAGUCCAACUUUUGAGGCCGAAGUUCAAAAGCGUAUGUCUCUGGUUGAAUGGAUAAACACCAUUGUUCCUCACUUCUAUUUGUCGGUAAAAGCUUCAGAUGAGGAGAUGAGGGCAUCCUUGCUUGAUGGCGAUAUACUAAGUCAGAUUUUGUUCAAGUUAAAAUACACUUCUAAUGAUGAAAUGGAUGAUUCAAGUCCUUCUCCAGAAUCCAAAAAAAGGAAAAUUCAGCGGUUUAUCUCUGUCAUGUCUGAAAUUGGGUUGCCGAGUUUUGAAACAUCAGACCUAGAGAAGGGAUCUAUGAAGCCUGUUCUGGAUUGCCUUUUAGCACUCAAAGAACAUUCAAUGCCAAAUUUUGGUGGCUCGGUUUUGAAAGCUGCGGAUGAAAGGCGGAAGGCAUUGUCAGACUCAAAGUUUCAACGUGCAUGCAGUCCACUUUCACCAGAAUCACCAACUAAGCUACUGCAUGGUGGAAAUAAGCUCCAUGAAGUGUUUCAGAUGAAACAAGGAUUUUAUACCGAUCUUUCUGCUACAAAAAUUUCGGAAAUGUUAAAGUCAAAUAGCUUAGAUAAUGCUCCAACUCAGUCACUUCUGAGUGUAAUCAACGGAAUCCUGGAUGAAAGCAUAGAGAGAAAGAAUGCUGAAAUACCUCAACGUGUAGCGUGUCUGUUGAGAAAAGUUGUGCUGGAGAUUGAGAGACGAAUUGCAACUCAAGCAGAACACUUGCGCACUCAAAGCAAUCUCUUUAAGGCACGUGAAGAUAAAUACCAGUCCAGAAUUAAAGUGCUUGAAGCUCUAGCCAAAGGGACUAGCGAGGAGAGUGAGAUCGUUAUGAACCAACUCCAGCAUAUAAAGUCUGAGAAAAGCAAGAUGGAAGAGAAGAAAAAGUUUGAACAACAGGACACUGCUAAGCUGCAGAAACUGAAGGAUGAAAAUGAUGUUGAGGUCUCAACAUUGAAACAGGAGUUGGAAAUGACCAAAAGGAUGCAUGAACUGCGCUACAUGGAGUUAGAGACACAGGCCAAAUUGGUGAGAUUUGACUUAGAAAAGAGAUUAAUGGAGCAAGAGAAACUUCUAGAAGAUUCAAAGGUUAAGACAGAAGACCUGGUUGAGGUCUCAACACUGAAACAGGAGCUGGAAAUGGCAAAAAAGACGAAUGAACUGCAUAGUUUGCAGCUGGAAAGUGAGGCUAAAUCGGUAAAAUCUGACUUGGAGAAAAGGUUAAGGAAACAAGAGCAGCUUUUGGAAGAUUCAAAGGUUAAGAUUAAAGAACUGGAGAUGAAUUGUCAGACAAAAGAUCAGAGAUGGACCAAGAAAGAGCAUGUCUAUGAAGCCUUUUUGAAGAUUCAGUGGUCUGGUUUGGAGGAGCUUAAACACACUUCAGAUACCAUCAAGCAAGAAAUGUUGUUAACACAGAGGACCUACCUGGAGGAAUUGAACCAAGUAGGUACAAAGCUCAAAAAGUUAGCGAAAGCAGCUCAGAGCUAUCACGAAGUUCUGAAUGAAAAUCGCAAAUUAUUUAACGAGCUUCAGGAUUUAAAAGGUAAUAUUAGAGUAUAUUGUCGAGUAAGGCCAUUCCGUUCGUAUGAGAACCAAAAGCAAACAAUUCUAGAGAGCAUUGGGGAACAUGGAGAAAUGACUGUUACAAAUCCUACUAAACCAAACGAUUCUCAAAAGUCAUUUAGAUUCAACAAAGUUUACGGUCCUAUGUCUACUCAAGCUGAGGUUUUCUCCGAUACUCAACCAUUGAUACGGACCAUUCUUGACGGUUACAAUGUUUGCAUAUUUGCUUAUGGUCAAACUGGCUCUGGAAAAACCUACACGAUGAGUGGACCGGAUAAUGCAGCAAAGGAGGAUUGGGGGGUCAAUUAUCGUGCUUUAGAUGACCUUUUCCAAAUCUCAGAAGAUAGAAGGAGCUUCUUUUCCUAUGAGAUAGGAGUUCAGAUGAUUGAAAUAUAUAAUGAGCAAAUUCGGGAUUUACUCUCAAGUGAUGGUUCGCAAAAGAAACUUGGGAUUCUAGCCACACCUCAAGCGCAUGGACUUGCUGUCCCAGAUGCAAGCAUGCAUCCAGUCAGAUCAACUGAAGAUGUUAUUGAAUUGAUGGACAUUGGACUAUCAAACAGAUCUGUGAGUUCUACUGCAAUGAAUGAAAGAAGUAGCCGCUCACACAGUGUUGUCACCAUUCAUGUUCAGGGAAAAGAUCUAAAAUCUGGAGCAACCUCACAUGGAAGUCUGCAUUUGGUAGAUCUUGCUGGUAGUGAAAGAGUUGACAGGUCUGAAGCAACUGGAGAUAGGUUGAAGGAAGCACAGCAUAUCAAUAAAUCACUAUCUGCUCUGGGGGAUGUUAUCUUUUCACUUUCUCAGAAAAACCCCCAUGUACCUUACAGAAAUAGCAAGCUUACGCAGGUUCUUCAAGCGUCUCUAGGUGGCCGAGCAAAGACACUUAUGUUUGUUCAGGUUAAUCCUGAUGUUAGUUCUUACUCUGAAUCAUUAAGCACUUUAAAGUUUGCUGAAAGGGUGUCCGGUGUUGAGCUGGGUGCUGCUCGGAGUAGCAAAGAGGGCAGAGAUGUCAGAGAAUUAAUGGAUCAGAUGGCAUCACUUAAAGAUACAAUAGCUAAGAAAGACGAGGAGAUAGAGCGAUUACAGAAAGAUCCGAGAAGUCCGAUUUCAAGGCGGAGCUUAAAGAAUGGUCCUUCAUCUCCAUCAACAAAGACCAUUAGCCCAAAAGUAUCAAGUCUUAGACGCAUGGGAACUCGUCCAAAAUCAACAUCUGAUCAGGAUGACUUCCCAAGUUAUUAUGAUCCGAGUAUCGGUUCCAUACACGAAGAUGAAAAUGAAGGGUUACGAUCAUCAUUGUCCAUGAAUGACUUAACCGCUCAAAACACAACUGGUCUGGGGGAUUCUAGUACUGAUGAGAGGUUCAGUGAAAUAUCUGAUGGUGAUCUCUCUGUUGGAACAGACACUGAAACAAGUUCUUCACAUGAGGUAGCCAAACCAUCAAAUAUUGCAGACAAGCGAGCAGAUAAGCCUAGGACGGUUUCAAGGAUAUCUCAACCAUCUAGGUUAGCAACAGCUAGGGUAUCAACCGGCAUUUCUCGUUUGUCAGAAGUAAAGACCACCCUCAGAGCAGCUUCUGCUUUAAAGAAACCUGCUAGUGGAAGCUCUUCCCCGGCCGCAUCAGCUAGUCGCCGAAGAUGAACAUAGGUGUGAAAAGGUGUGCCUAGGCGCUAGGCGACCAGGGUAAAACGUCUUUUUUGUGUUAGGCGAGGCGCAUUCAAUGAGGCGCGCCCGAGACGCAUGUGAGGCGCACAACAAUAAUUUUUAAUUUAUUUUUUGUACAGUUAGGUGCAUUGAAGCUUGUCUGGGUCCAACAAGAUCCCUAUCGCCUUAGUGCGCCUUUGAGUUUUUUAUACAUUGUUCACCACUUGUAAUUUGUAUCAUUCUUUUCCAUGUAAUCUGGAACUAACAAGAAACAAUUUCGUGAAAUGUAUAUGUAAACUUUGUAAAGUACAACAAUGCUUUUUUCACCGUAUUUUUGCCUUUUACUGGCAAUCUAAAUGUAUAUGAUUGUUUAUAGUAUGUA